AUGGCCUCAGGUAAUACGACAAAAUACGGUCACGAGUGGUCGUAUUUCUCCGUAUAUGAUCGUUCACGAUCGGGCUUGUUUGACCUGGAUAACGGUGAUACAAUAAAUUGGAAAUGUACAAACCGAUUAUGUCAUGCAUUUGUACUAACAGAACGCAAGCGUGUUGAACAGCAGUAUGAUAAACAUGAUUCACGGAAAUGGCCAGGUUCAACUACACAAUUGUUACCGGACAUUCAAACGUAA